AGUGCAGGGUGCGGUUGCUAGCGGCCGGUGCUCGGCUGUUUGCCAGACUUGCCACCCUAGCGGCGGCGUUGGGGCUCCUGAACUUGGUUGCCACUUCCUGAGCCGCGGGGAUGGAGGCGUCGCGCUGCCGGCUCGGACACCGCGGGGACAGUGCCUUUGAAGAUGAGACCAUGAAGGUUCGACAGAUGAAGCUCAAUUAUCAGAGAGCACUGCUAGAAAAGAAGCAGAGAAGAAAGCACUUUGAGCCACUCAUGGUACAGCCAAAUCUAGAAGUAAAGCUAUGUCGAUCGAAGCCAAGAGGUAGCAAGGAGCAAACGCCUUUGGUGGAACCUCAUACCCCACAGAACGAUGUUACCCUACAAGGCAUUGAUGGUCCAGCGGCCCUCUUGAAGCCAGAUGCUCAAGAUUUGGAAACCAAACUUCAUGUUCUCUCAGUAGGCUCUUCUGCUACAGAAGAGGAUACAGAAGGAAGUGUUGAUGGGGAAAGCACUUUGGAGACUGUGUCCAAGCCAGAUCUCCAGGAGAUUCUCCAAAAACAUGGUAUCUCAAGUAGUUUGAACUUUGAUGAAGAGGAGACCGAUGGAGAGGAAGAAGGGAAAAAAUUAUGUCAUUCACCAUAUUCAGAGGCAGAGAGACCCAAUUCUGCAUCCAGCCAGAAAUCAACCACAGAUGCGGGAGCUUCCGGUACUGCAGCCCAACAAACAGAUAACCAGCUGGGAGAAGUGGAGAACUUAGAGGACUUUGCAUAUAGUCCUGCCCCUCGGGGGAUUACAGUCAAGUGUCGGAUAACCAGGGAUAGAAAAGGAAUGGAUCGGGUUCUCUUCCCCACUUACUAUAUGCACUUGGAAAAGGGUGAAAAUCGGAAGGUAUUUCUUCUUGCAGGUAGGAAGCGGAAAAAGAGCAAAACAUCCAACUACCUUAUCUCCAUUGAUCCAACAGAUUUAUCUCGUGAAGGGGGAAGUUAUAUUGGCAAACUCAGAUCCAACCUCAUGGGGACCAAGUUCACAGUUUAUGACCAUGGUGUUAGCCCAACCAAGGCCCAAGGUCUGGUAGAGAAGGCCCAUAUCCGGCAGGAGCUGGUAGCCAUUUGUUACGAAACAAAUGUACUUGGAUUUAAAGGUCCUAGGAAAAUGUCUGUGAUCAUUCCAGGGAUGAAUAUGAAUCAUGAACGGAUCCCCUUUCAGCCACAAAAUGACCGCGAGAGCUUGCUUUCCAAAUGGCAAAACAAAACCAUGGAGAACUUGAUUGAACUGCACAAUAAGGCCCCAGUCUGGAAUGAUGACAACCAGUCGUACAUCCUGAACUUCAAUGGCCGGGUCACUCAGGCAUCUGUGAAGAACUUUCAGAUAGUCCACGAGAAUGACCCUGACGACAUAGUCAUGCAGUUUGGACGUGUGGCAGAAGAUGUGUUCACCCUGGACUACAGCUACCCGCUGUGUGCACUUCAGGCCUUUGCCAUCGGGCUUUCUAGCUUUGACAGCAAACUAGCACGUGAAUAAGAGAAACAGCAGGUGCCAAACUUUCUCACUCAGAGCUUUCAGGAGCGGAUAAUUGCCUCCUCUGCUUUUGCCCCAGAACAAUGAAGAGCGACAGCCUGCCCCUUGGGGAGUAAUCCCCGAAUGUGUGUGUGUAUAUGUGCGUGUGUACAUGUAUAUAGGUGUAUAUGUACACAUGCACAUAUACACACACACUCAACUUCUCUGGGUUUCACAGACCUGGUUAGGGGCCAUAGCUUCAUAUGGGUGAGAAAUGGUCCAGAGCACAGAAGGUUCCUGUCCAGGAACCUUUUGUAUGCUACAGAAAUAAAAGAUAAUUUAUAU